GUAGUUUUAAAAGGAAUAUGAGGAAUAAAUGUGGUCUACACCAGACCCUUUUCUAUAGUCACGUUCUUUUUGCUGCAGACCCAUUUCUUUCUUCUCUUGAAUCAUGGCUUUCUGGUACUGCAUAGCUGUAAGAUUACCUAUAGAGUUGGAAGACUAAAGUAAUGGCUACUCUUGUAUCACAGGACCAAAAUUGAAGGCUUUCUAGCUCCUAAUAACAGGGCUAGUGACUAUCUGCAAAUGAGCAAAGGUACUUUUAUCGAAGAAUCAACAGUUUCAGCCAUGUUUGAAUUAGCUUCAAGCAUUUACUAGACAAGUCACAACAAUUUAGUUCCUUUGCUCUAUUCACUGCCUCCUUUGCCCCCCCCUUCAGAAGGAAAAAACGAAGAGGACACAGAAAAUCCAGUACAGCACGACUAUGACUGACUUUGGUUCUGAAAGAUCAAAUCCAUGGAACAUAUAUGGAAGUUCAGACCCAAGUCCAUCUCAAACCGGAGUGAGUCAGGAAGCUCCAUGGAAAAACUUUGGGACAUCCAUGAAUGCCAUUUCUUUUGGUUUUGUUGCAACAGCAAUCUUGAUCUCAAUGUUUCUUAUCAUGGCCAUCUUUGAACAUCUGUUCAGGCCAGGUCCUCCUUUUUCUUCACCUGAAAAUAUGGCCAAUGGUUCUCCUGAAUCCAGAGCAAUAGAGAAACUUGGCAGACAAGCAGUGACAACACCAUAUGCACCUGAUUUCUCAGUGUUGAUGCCAGGACAGAACUGUCCCACCUACAUUGCACAACCUGCUCCACUCCCCUGCACGAGGGAAGGGGUUUAUUGGCCUCCCCAUGAACAUAAUUUUGUACUUCCAUAGUGUAUAUUAUACCUCUGCUCCGAAGCAUCACAAAGGCUCAAUGUAUAUUCACAGAAUGAUCAACUUUCAUCGAUUCAUUAGUUAUCUAAGUUUAGAUAUUGUAUCUGGAAGCAUAUUCUUUGCGGGAAUUGGCUAUCCUGUUAGGGUUUGGUAAACCUUACGAGGAAUGUUAGUGAAGUCGGAUAUUUCUCCUCA